CUGCCCCGGGGAAUGUGUGUGUCGCCGGCGCCGGGCGUCUCUCGGUGUCUGGGCUUCGCCUCCUUGCUCGCCGGCUCGGACUCCCGAGGGGCCACGACGCUCCCCGGCCGGGCGCCCUCCAUGGCAGCCAAGUGGUUCAAGGAGUUACCGCUGACACUGAAGACGGUGUCGGAGCGGGCGAAGCCCGGCGGCGGCGGCGGAGGUGGAGGAGGGGGCGGCGGAGGGGGCACGGGAGGAGGGGGCGGCCUGGCCAGCAAACUACGCAAGAACUCCGAAGCUGGCGGCCCCGGGCUGCCCCCGCCGUCCGGCAAGAGCCGCAAGAACUCGGCAGCCGAGCUGGGCAGCUGCAAGGCGGCAGGCUCCGGCCCCGCCAAGGACAGUCGGCUGUCCCGCGACAGCAUCCAAGGGAUGCUCCAGGCGGCCGCCGGCAAGAGCCGCAAGAACUCCCGCGCCGCAGCCGCAGCCGCUCCCGAGGAGGAGCAGCCCCGCGGCUCGGUCAAGAGCACCGGCUGCAGCACCUACAUCAACCGGCUCAUCAAGGUGGACACCCAGGAGAAGAACGGGAAAAACUAUUCCAGUUCCAGCUCUAGCUCCAGCUCCAGCACUUCUUCCUCCCCCUCCUCCCUGGGACCCGAACUGGACAAGGGCAGGGGUGUCAAGCAGCAAGACACGGUGAUCAUUUUAGAAGACUAUGCUGAUCCCUAUGAUGCCAAGCGUACAAAGGGUCAAAGGGAUGCAGAAAGGGUAGGGGAGAAUGAUGGCUACAUGGAACCAUACGAUGCACAGCAGAUGAUAACAGAGAUAAGGCGAAGAGGUUCUAAAGACCCCUUGGUGAAGGCUAUUCAACUGCUGGACAGCCCCUGCGAGUCAGGGGAAAAUGGCAUUAAACCAGAGACUUUGGCUAAAAGACGAAAUUCCAAAGACCUUCUGGGCAAACCCCCGCAGCUAUAUGAUACUCCUUAUGAACCUGGAGAAGGAGGACCCAAACCAGAUGUACAGAUGGGUACUAUACAAGAAAGGAAGAUGCGUUCCCCAGACAGCAGGCUUCCUGAAAAUGAUGAGCGACCAGCGGCAGAGUAUGAACAGCCGUGGGAAUGGAAAAAAGAACAGAUAGUGAAAGCAUUGUCAGUCCAGUUUGAGGGAUCGGAGAGACCUUCCAUCAAGGAAGAAACAGUGCGACAUCACCACAGGCAGAAGAGCUGGACCCAGAAGAUCCUGAAACCAACACUUUCUGAUCACAGUGAAGGGGAGAGAGUGGACCCAGCUGUUUGCCUGGAAAAGCAGCCUUGGUAUCAUGGAGCCAUCGCCCGGGCAGAGGCAGAGAGUCGGCUCCAGCCCUGUAAGGAAGCCAGUUACCUGGUGCGCAACAGUGAGUCUGGGAACAGUAGAUACUCUAUCGCACUAAAGACCAGUCAAGGAUGCGUUCACAUUAUCGUGGCCCAGACUAAAGACAACAAGUACACCCUAGAUCAAACGAGUGCUGUGUUUGACAGCAUCCCAGAGGUGGUGCAUUACUAUUCCAACGAGAAGUUACCUUUCAAGGGGGCAGAACACAUGACCCUCCUGUACCCUGUCCACAGCAGACUCCACUGACUCCACCAGUGACAGCCUGGGGCGACUGCCUCCCCGACCACAGAGGCACAAACUCGGCCCUCAGAUGGGCUGGACUUUUUCUCAACUUUCUCAAUUAUUCUACAGGAAUUUUCAAGGGAAUGAAAGUCUUCAUUUAUUAUUUGUCCCAAAUCCAGCCCUCAGUACCACUUUCUUCUUCACUGAAGAGGAGAGCAGUGAGAAAGGAGAGUAAGUUCUCUGCCAUUGUCCAGGUGUCUAUACUAAAUAAAACUUCCUCAGAAAGUAUAAGCAAAAAGCAACAUCUGCCCGUUUCAAUCGCAGCCGAAGAAAGGCACCCAUCGCCCACCAAAGUACCCAGUUUCUAAAACAUCACCUUGUUGUAUAGUCCUUCUGCACUUGGGGAGGCACCAGCCAGAAAAGGACAGGGUACUUGAGUGCACACAUCACCAUGGGAUAGACCUUUGAGAAUGGAGAAACAAUGCAAAACGGGAAUUGGCCGGUAACCCUGGAAAAGGGGUCCUCAAAAGAAGUUUUCUGAUAAGUUGUCAUUCAAGGAGAACUCCAAAUUUGGAAGUUUGACAGUAGGUUUCUUUGGUGGUCAGCAUCCCAUCCCCCUGUACCUUCUACUAAUGGAGUGUUUGCUCAAGGAUUUAUUUUCAAACCUGGCAUCUGUCACAUGUGUGUGUAACUGAGGAAAGAGGUGGGAAUCCCCCCAAGUCUUAAUUGCUCUUGUAACUAAACAUUGGCAUUGUUCUGAAAUUGUAAAGUAAAAUAAGUAGCAAAGGGCUUGUUAUUGAUGAAAAAAUCCAAAAGAAAAUUUUAAGUAGCAAAAUAUGAUUUUAGAAAUGGAUAAUUUGUGAGUCUGCCUCAUUGGGGAAAAAACCUAUUGCUAUGGGAUCUUUGUGAUUUGGGACAACUCGGCUAGAUUUGCUUUACAAAAGUAGUACUUUGGGAUUUAACGAUAUAAGCUAAAUUGCUUUGAAAUUUUUUUGGUGUUUUUUUUUUUUAAGAGUUUGCUGUUCUGCAUCUGCCAGACUGAAUCUUAGUCUGUCUGCUAUGGUAUUUUAAAAUAAUUUUGGUUGUGUAUGUGUGUUUUUAACCUCAUAACAGAUUUUCUAUAAAUUUUAUUUCUUAUGCUCUUAAAUAAGGCUUUUAUGGUAUCUUUAUAAUACACCAUAAACUUAUAUUGCCAAUUUAUUUACUGUGAGAAAAACAUGGGGAUAACAGACUUACUGUGAGAAGAAUAAUAUUAUGGUAAGAGGCUCUAUAAUUAAAGCUGAGCAGCUGUUUCUGUAUUCUGGGGUUUACAGUUUAUUCCUAAAAAUGUUCUAGGUGCCUACAAAAAGAUCCAAUGAAAAGUUAAUUUUUAUAGUAUGGGGAUUUUUUUGGAAGGCCAGAAAAAUAUUAAUUUGUAUACCUUCUGAGGUAGGAAUAUCUCCGCAGUCCCCACUUAUUUUUCUACUGUUAGCAUUUCGCUUGAUAUGCAAAUUUUGGCCAAAGGGGCUAUAUACUUACUUAUACCCUUGGUUUUAAAAUUCUGAAGGAAACUUUUUGAUAAUACUUGUUUAUGUUGGUAAUCUUAUAACUUUUUUUUAAGCAUAGAUUAGGACCUUUAAAACUGGGCUUAUUUUUAAGGCCUCCACAGAUCACAAUUACAUUAUGUUCCAUUUUAUCUAAGACCUUAUUCUAUAGUUAUUCCAUAAAUGGGAUCUAAUGAAAUGUCCUAAUUUUAACAAAUGCCAAAACAUUUAUUAAAGUUUACCUUGUGCACUAAAUGACUUAAAAACUUGGCAGUGCCAGCUACUGUGAUAAAUACUGAAGUAACAUUUAAGGUAUAAAUGAUAAAUAAAUCCAGUAUAUAGCCAAGCACUUAUAUUCCCAGCACUGUGCUUUUUCUGGACUUUUAUUCAUUGUGUUGUUCAGUUGUUUCAGUCGCGUUGGACUCUAGGUGACUCCAUUUGGAGUUUUCUUGGCAAAGACACUAGAGUGGUUUGCCAUUUUGUUGUGAUGCCUAUGUAAUUCACUACAUUCAUUUUUAAAAAGCCAGAAGGAAAAAAUGAGUUAUGUUCUUCUAAAAAGUGAUUUUUUUUUGUCUCCAGUGACUGACGAGAGAAGAGCCUAUGGGAGACGGCGACAAACCAGAAAGUAGAGUAAAUUGGGGGAUAGGAGUUAAGCUGCUCUUCAGAUGGUGACAAAAGCCUGAGAGUUCACAGCUGGGGUGGUGACACAAAGUACCAUAUGUUCUAAAAACAAUUAGGCACAGCAGGGUGUCACCUAAUGGCUUCCUUGUUAAGCUGCCUGGGCCAGCUGAUCUAAAGCUGUAUCAAAGCUAGAUAUUUAUUGUGAGCUGGGAACAUCGGUGGGUUUGAUCAGUUUGUCUCAACAGCAAGCAUCUUACGGUUUUAUUCACGUGAAUUAAAUUAUUUCCAGUAGGGGAAACAAUUUCAGUCUUUAUGAAGAGACAGUAUUGUCAUUUAGAAUAUCCAGCUUCUUAGUGUUUUAGAGAUCAGACCCACUUUCUCAUCUUGUGACUGAGGAAGCCCGGGGCUCAGAGACAGUGACUUAUCUAAGAUCAUACCUCUAGUUAGUAGCAGAAUUGCAACUAAAAUCCCAGAAUUGGAACAAAAGUCUGUCUUUCCUGGCAUCUCUCUGCAUUUCCUUGCACCCUAGUGUCUCUAGGAUUUGAAUACAAUAUCCACUAAUUGUGUUUUAUAUCUCUUCUUCCUCACCUAUGAAUACUUGGGUCAAUUGUUUUAAAAGGGCAAGUUUCUAAGAAACCAGGAAUAGUUAGCUGUCCGUUAUUUACAAGUACUAUUUUAAAAGUUAGGAUAGGGAAUCAUGGAAAAUUUUAAUAUGGGUGAACAAUAAAAACAAAAUAUGCCUAUGUGUCUACUCUCUAAGGGCACCUGCCCAGCCCCCCUCUUUUUUCCUAGCAGUUCUAAACAGAAAUGUUGCUUAAGAGUAAGAUUUCUAGAAAAGAACUUCAUUCCUAACUGUUCAAAUUCUUCUGCUUUAGCAAGCAGCAGUUUAUUUAACUGUUUCUUUGGAUGGGGGGAUAGGAGAGAACAGCAUGCAAUCUGUAACUAUCAUCAAGUUAUUUUUAAUUUUUAACAGGGAGAUAAAAAUUUCUGGUUUUAUUAUUUGUUAAUUAGUGUACUGUUAGCUGUCUGUCUUGAGAAAGAGUCUAUCUCAUGUGAAGUUGAGGGUUUGAGGGUUUUUUUGGUUAAGUAUUAGAGUUUCAGAAGACUAAUUAAGAGGUUGUAAAGUUAGGUCUUUUUCCGUUUGUUUUUGGGAGUGUUUUUUAUGCAUUCAUUAGCCACUCUUUUAAUUCAGGUUCCUUUAAGUGCCUUCUGCCAACAGAAAAGGAUGGCCGGUUUUUUUUUCCCUCAUUCUAAUUAAGAAUGUUUUUUAGUUUCUGCUUCUUCCCACCAUCCCCAGGGUACUUUUGGCCUUUGACUAAAUUUCAGACAUUGUUAGUCCCCUGUUCCACAUCUUCUUGUUUAAUUUACCUUAUGAUUUCCUGUAGCUGCAGUGACCGUAUGCUCCAGAUUUCCUGAAACUCUUCCAAUUUCAAGGAGGGAAAAAAGUAUACUUUUAAUGAGACUUUGCAAAAGACAUAUCCUUCGUCAGACCCUGAGUCUCAAUUUUUGGUUGGGAAAAAUGUGAUCACCAGUAUCUUUUUAAUGUCAUGAUGUCUCAGGGAACAUAUUCUUUGAUUAUUACGAAUCAUUACCCUAGCUGCUAAUGGUUCAGUCAUCAGGUCCUCACCAAUACAUGAUGUCACUGAAUCUGUUGGCUAACUUAAAAAAAAAUCUGGCCUGCAAUUUUCUUUGGAACCUCUAACAUUAUAAAGGAAAGAGUUAGGUUAAUACUACCAUCUCAUGGAAAUGAGAGCAAACUGCAGUGGGAAAAUUGGUGUGUUGGCCUGAUUCUUAUGGCUGACUGUCUGAACAAAGUGCUAUUCAGAAGAGAUAAUAUUAAUCCCCUUCAUUGUUUCCUGAUGAAUUACUGAAACCCUCUCUAUGGGAGAAAGACUUGACAUGGUGCUGAUUACUGUAGCCACCUUGAAAUACCCUUCCCUCUAAAAGGAGAUUUGCAUCCUAAUAAACCUCUUUCUAUUUCAACCAGGAUUCCUGGGAUACUAUAGUGCUCAACAUUGUUUAGGCUUGUAUAGCUUGUUUUUUGUAGUUCUAUUUUAAAUGAAAGUGCUGGUGAUUAUCAGAUAAUUGGGGCAGAUGUCUAAUUUUGCCAGAAUUCUUAAUUCUGUUCAGCUGUUUUUAUAAGGGGACCUUUGACAUUUUAAAAUAUCAGUUGAUAUAUAUAGGUUUGGCUUCUUUUUUCUUUUUUUUUUUUUGAAGAAUGUAUUUUAACCAACUGCCUAUCUUAUUAAUUUUUAAGUAUUUAUAAUACAGAAAUAUUUUGUACAAUUUCUGAAUGUAUUGUGCUAGCCAGCAUAGGCUACACAUCCCCUGAAUGCUGUUUACCCUGAAAUGUAACUUAAAUAAAUGUCAUGUCAAACAAA